AUGGACACAUUCUCAGGAUACAAUCAGAUUAUGAUGAAUCCUGAUGAUCGCGAGAAAACAGCGUUCAUUAUGGAUCGCGGGACUUAUUGCUACAAAGUAAUGCCUUUUGGCCUUAAGAACGCCGGCACAACAUACCAACGACUCGUCAAUCGAAUGUUCGCUGAUCAACUCGGAAAAACAAUGGAGGUUUACAUUGACGACAUGCUCGUCAAAUCCCUCCACGCUAACGACCAUGUCGACCAUCUUGAGGAAUGCUUCGCUCGGCUGAAUUCACAUAACAUGAAACUAAACCCGGCCAAAUGCAGAUUCGCCGUAGCAUCGGGAGAAUUCCUCGGAUACCUGGUGACUUAUCGCGGGAUAGAAGCCAACCCAAAACAGAUCGACGCGCUCAUCGGGAUGGCCUCUCCCAAAAACAAGCGAGAAGUACAAAGGUUGACCGGGAGGGUCGCAGCACUCAAUCGGUUUAUAUCCCGAUCAACGGACAAAUGCUUACCCUUCUACGAUGUCCUGCGGGGAAACAAAAAAUUUGAGUGGUCAGAUGAAUGCGAAGACGCUUUCAAACAGCUAAAGCACUAUCUGGCAACUCCUCUAUUUCUCCCAAAACCCGUAGAAGGGGAACCUCUAUUCCUAUACAUAGCAGUAUCGACAACUGCCGUUAGCGGCGUCCUAAUACGGGAGGAAUGUGGGGAUCAGAAACCCAUCUUCUACGUAAGCAAAAUACUCCUGGACGCCGAAACUCGUUAUCCCCUGAUGGAAAAAUUAGCGUACGCAGUCGUAACAUCGGCGCGGAAGCUUCGACCUUAUUUUCAAUCCCACACUAUCGUCAUCCUUACAACGUUCCCCAUCCGAACUAUCUUGCAUAGUCCGAGCCAGUCAGGAAGAUUAGCCAAAUGGGCCGUCGAACUCAGCGAGUACGAUAUAGACUAUCGCCCCAGAACGAGUGCAAAGUCUCAAGUCCUCGCAGAUUUCUUGGUGGAGUUGCCAACCAAAGCCAUAACUAAUAAAGAGCCUAACUCAACUUGGCUCCUCCACGUUGACGGAUCAUCGUCGAAACAAGGAUCCGGCAUCGGCAUCCGUUUGACGUCGCCGACCGGAGAGAUCCUCGAACAAUCGUUUAGAUUAGAGUUCCACGCCUCGAAUAACGAGGCAGAGUACGAGGCCCUUAUUGCGGGAUUACGACUAGCCCACAGUUUGAAGAUACGAAAUAUCCACGCUUACUGCGACCCUCAACUUGUUGCAAGCCAGUAUAGCGGGGAAUACGAAGCCAGGGACGAAAGGAUGGAAGCAUACCUCAAACUAGUCCAAAACUUAUCCCAGGACUUUGAUUCUUUCGCCCUGACCAGAAUUCCUCGUUCCGAGAAUACGCAAGCAGACGCACUCGCAGCCCUGGCAUCGAGUUCAGAUCCGGGACUUAAAAGAGUAAUCCCGGUAGAGUUCAUUGAACAUCCGAGCAUUGGAUCUCCCGUCGUCAUCAAUCUUAUUCAAGAUGAUAACGAGGAAGAAAUCGCAGUCGAAUCAGAAGAAACGCCAGAACAAAACGAAUAUGGCUGCGAUACGCCAUGGCUAGAGGCGAUACGAGCGUAUAUCAUCGACGGAAAAUUACCUCCCGAGAAGUGGGCGGCUCGAAAAGUCCGAACCCAAGCCGCCUGUUAUGUAACGGUCGACGGAGAAAUUUACAAAUGGAAAUUCUCUGGACCACUCAUGACUUGUUUAGAAGGACAUAAGGCUAGAAAGGUAAUGGAAGAAGUUCACUCUGGUUCCUGCGGAAAUCAUUCCGGCGGAAGAUCGCUCGCCGUAAAAAUAAAACGCCACGGGUAUUACUGGCCAACGAUGAUCGGAGACUGCGAAAAAUUCACACGAGAAUGUGAAAAAUGCCAGAGGCACGCUCCAACUAUUCGGCAUGGAAUUCCAUACGAAAUAGUAACGGAUAACGGAUCCCAGUUCAUCUCUACCCGCUUCGAAGCAUUUUGCGAAAAAUGGAAGAUACGAUUAAACAAAUCAACUCCCAGAUAUCUGCAGUGCAACGGACAGGCAGAAACAAUCAAUAAGACCGUCCUUGACGGACUUAAGAAACGCCUGGACGAAAAGAAAGGGAGAUGGGCGGAGGAACUCGAAGUUGUCCUCUGGUCACACCGCACAACUCCGAGACGAGGAACGGGAGAAACACCCUUCGCCCGCGUAUACGGCACCGAAUGCAUGAUUCCCGCGGAAGUCGAAUUUCCCGGGAUCCGUAGACGGCUUCUCCCAGAACGGGAAGAAAUAAACUGUUUGAUCGGAAAACGGUUCUAUGCUAAAGUAGACAGAUUUCGAUUGUGGGUUUAG